AUGCAUAAAAGGAGAAGAAAAGCCGCAUUGAAGGCAAGAGAGUUCCAUGAUUCAUUGGACCUAACAUUUAAACAGGAUGACGAUGAUGAAUGGAAUAAUAGUACCAUUUCAUCAUUAAAGAAAACUAAAGCGGGGAAAAGCAAAAGUGAAACUGCUACCUGUAAUAAAGAAAAAGAAGUUCUGACCGAGAACGACAAUUCAUCAUCAAAGAAAUAUAAGGCAGGGCAAAGUAAAAUUGAAACUGUUACCUGUAAUAAAGAAAAAGAAGUCCUGACCGAGAACGACAUUUCAUUAUCAAAGAAAUGUAAAGCAGGACAAAGUGAAACUAUUACCUGUAAUAAAGAAAAAGAAAUUGUCAAUGUUUUAAACAGAGUAAAAGACUCUUUAGAUGAAGAAACACUUUCUGGCUCUUCCAUACCUGAAGAUUUUAAUAAAAACGGAAUAGUAGAAAUGAACAGUAUACUUCUAAGUGAUAACGAUGAUGACCUCAUUAUAGAACCUAAGGAACCUGAAACUAGCAAAAAAGUAAAGAAUAUAAUUGAAAAACAAAAUGAAGAUGACGAUAAUGAACAGAUUCUCUUACAUCCAUCAUUAUUAACCAAUAAUAAUUAUAUUAAAAUAGUAGCGCAUACAUACUUGACGGGAAAUCCAAUGUUAGAUGAAGAUGCUGCUGUUUUAGCGGCUCAAUAUAGUACACACAAAGCAUUAAAGGAAAUCGAGAUGACCGGAAAAGACUUGUGCAGUGGUCCUAUUUAUGAUAUUGCUGUCAAAGUAGUGGGCAAGGAUAUUUAA